GACCAAUGUACUUCAACGGAAUAUACCACCUGUUCUACCAAUACAACCCAAAGGGGGCAGUGUGGGGCAACAUCGUGUGGGCCCACUCGGUCUCCAAAGACCUCAUAAACUGGGAAGCUUUGGAGCCGGCCAUCUUCCCCUCGAAGCCCUUCGACCAGUUCGGCUGCUGGUCUGGCUCCGCCACCAUCCUCCCCGGCAACAAGCCCAUCAUCCUCUACACCGGCAUCGUCGACGCCAACAACACCCAGGUCCAGAACUUCGCCGUCCCGGCCAACCUCUCCGACCCCUACCUCCGCCACUGGCUCAAGCCCGACACCAACCCCCUCAUCGUCGCCGACGUCUCCGUCAACAAGACCGCCUUCCGCGACCCCACCACCGCCUGGCUCGCCCCCGACGGCCACUGGCGGAUCACCAUCGGCGGCCGCAGGAAGCGCAGGGGCAUGUCCUUCCUCUACAGGAGCAGGGACUUCUUCCGCUGGACCAAGGCCAAGCACCCCCUGCAUUCCACCGCCGGCACCGGCAACUGGGAGUGCCCCGAUUUCUUCCCGGUCUCCACCGCCGGCAAGAACGGCUUGGACACCUCCGUCCUCGGCCCCAACGUCAAGCAUGUCUUCAAAGUGAGCCUCGACCUCACCAGAUACGAGUAUUACACCAUUGGCACGUAUGAUCUUGAGAGGGAUAGGUAUGUCCCGGAUAAGGGUAUGAUCGAUGGGUGGAACGGAUUGAGGUUUGAUUAUGGCAACUUUUACGCGUCCAAGUCGUUCUUCGAUCCCAAGAAGAAUCGGAGGAUCUUGUGGGGCUGGGCUAAUGAGUCGGAUUCUACUGAGCAGGAUGUGGUGAAGGGAUGGGCCGGUGUUCAGCUCAUUCCCCGUACAGUUGUGCUUGAUCCGAGCGGGAAGCAGUUGGUGCAGUGGCCGGUUGAAGAGCUGGAGUCGCUGAGGGGGAAGAGCAUGGAGAUGAGCAACGUGGAGCUCGAGCAGGGGGCGAAGGUCGAGGUCGAAGAGAUAACGGCUGCACAGGCUGAUGUGGAGGUGACGUUCUCUUUCGGUAGCUUGGACAAGGCUGAGGCGUUUGAUGAGAGGUGGGAUAGAUACGACGCGGAGAAGAUCUGCCGUGAGAAGAAAUCGACGGUCCAAGGUGGACUGGGACCGUUUGGGCUGGCCACAUUGGCUUCUCUCCACUUGGAAGAGUUCACCCCUGUGUUCUUCAGAGUCUUCAAGGAUAAGGACAAGCAUCUGCUUCUUAUGUGCUCUGAUGCAUCCAUGUCAUCCAUACAGGAAGACAAAACCGGAAUGGUGGACGGGAAGGAUGCGUAUAAGCCCUCUUUUGGAGGAUUUGUAAAUGUUGAUUUCAAAGACAUGAAGAUUUCUCUUAGGACUUUGAUUGAUAACUCUGUUGUGGAGAGCUUUGCCGCGGGAGGAAAGACUGUGAUUACAUCUAGAGUUUAUCCGGUGACAGCAUUGUAUGAAAAUGCGCAUUUGUAUGCGUUCAACAAUGGCAGCGAGAGUGUGCAAAUCGAGAGCUUGAGUGCGUGGAGCAUGGACAAACCGAAGCAUAUGAAUGAGGGACUCAAGUGAUUAACAUAUUUACCAUUUUUUGUCAACUAAUCUUAACUUUCACCUUUGUAUCAUCUUUGACUUAUCUUAUUAGUACAAGAUUGUAUCAGAGGCUACCUACUUCAUCGUAUCUAAUAUGUGAAUAAAUUCUGACACUGUUGGGGUGUCCGGCUAAGUUUAUUUCAAA